CCGUUCGGACGCGGCAAUGUGGCGCUGCCUAGGUCGCGGGCGAACACUUAUCACUCUCUACGUUGAAGGCAAGCCACUAGGUGUUACCUGCCUAGAGGACGCGAGCUUCGUUAUUUGUGUUUCCAUAUACCUAACAAUUGACGGAUUGCUGGUGGAGGGCGCCUUCUGAAGUCCUAAUAAUGUCGUCUGCUGAUGACGAGGAGCUCGUGACCUUGACUCGCUUGCUCGCCGAGGACAGCCAGCAGGUGCUUGAGGAAAACCGUUUGCACAGUUUUAUGGAUCAAAACCCUCUCCAGCAGUCUGCUCACGGCCCAUGUGUUGGCAUCGAAUUUAGUGACGCGCAUGGUCUAGCCUCGCCCCACCAACAUGACACGGUUACCGGUAGUGGUUGUCUUGAGCCGUGCUUGGGUCAAGAAGUAACUUCCUUUUUGAAUGACUCCUCGGCAAUGAACUUCAAAGCCGUGGCUUCUGCUCAUGCUGCUGCCACGUACCCCAACACGGAAGCCACCUUGCCGCAGCACUGCCUCUUGGAGCUUGCAGACUUGCACCGUAAGCUGUCAGACGCGUAUGUGCAUGCAGCGGCAGCGCUUCCUGGCUCGGGACUGCCAUCCCCAGGCCUGGUCCAGCCACACGCUACCGGGUCGUUUGGGCCAUGGCCGGGUUUGACCGGCCAAGCUGCGUUGCAAAUUCUGCCGGCACCGCCCAUCUUGUCUCCAGCGCCGCUCGCAGCCCAUCAGCUUGAGCAGACUCUGGAGGCUCCCCAGCACGCUCUCCAAGUCAGCAUCGGUUCGCAGUUCCAGCCACUCCAGCCGCCGCUAGUUGCAGCAGGGGCGGCUGCGGCUUCGUCGCUGGCUGAGGAGGUGGGCUUGAUGGCGGACAACGACCAGUCAGUGGCCACCUUGCAAGCCAUCGGCACCCGGCUGCUAUUCGCUGAGCGGAACCUUUGGGCGGAGCAGCUGCAUGCAGUGUGGUACGAAAGCCCCGAUCCGGACCGCCAGCACGCCUUCUUUUCCGGACAUCAGUUGAAGAGUCGGUUCGAUUCAGGCGGCAGCGCCUCCUGUCGCCGCCCAGUGACCCUGGACGCAGACCCCAGUCGCUACGUGCAUUGCGUCCAGGGAAGCCGCUGCACCUGCGAGGUCACUCGCUGCGCGCGCUGCAAGGAAGAGCGGCAUCCGUACCACCGGGUGUUCAAGUACCUCCUCGCCUAUCGAGACGGCCCGGUUCCGGACGCCGAGGAGCGCACCAUCAAGGACGUUUCUCUCUGGGUGCCCCGGGCGCCUCGGGUCGUCCUGUGGCACGUCAAGCCGCGGACCUACAUGCCGGACACCCAUGCGCCGAUGCCGGCAGUUGCGGAGGGUGCGAUGGGCGUUGGGGCUGCUGUCGUGGGCGCUGGCGAUGCGGCGUUUGGUGCGGGGGUGCCUACUCCGCCCGACGGUGAGGGUGGCGGCCGGCGGCAGCAGCAGCACGGAGGCGACUACGAUGCCCCCGCAGCCCCCAAGCGUCUGAGGACUGUGCAAUAAGGUGCAGGCGCAACUGCAUCUUACUUCGUCGCUGAGCUAGGGCCCCUUUGGCUGAGCCUGCGUUCGGAGACGUUAUGAGGGGCAUCGUGGCAACCAACACCGCGAUGCCGACCUACGCCACAACGUGGCGCUGUACGGCAGCAUGCCGAGCCGUGUUUCCAGCCGAGCCUCUCCAGCACAUUGGCGCUGUCCUAGGGGCCAGUCAGGAAGCAGCAUGGCUGCUGUCACGCUGGGCGACCGGUCCUAACCGGGCUGCAUUAGUCGUUUGGGAAUCACUUCUUAAUGCCUUGCAUACAUACUUGCAGCACAUACGUUGCCACGUCGUUGGGUGUGUCCAUUUUACACCGUGCCGACAUUCGCAACAUUAUUGUUCGAAGGAUAUACAUCCUGGUACCGGUAUCUGAUUUGCGGUAUUGGGGCGCUUUGGCUGUCGGUUCUGUUAGGGGAGCCGGCCCGAGUUUGGAGCCGGCGCUCCCUUAGCCCCGACAUUCCCUAC